AAGCGCAACCUCCCUCCUCCCGUUGUUUUCUGCCUCGUAUUGUGAUGCUCAACUGCGCUCCCGGUUUCCGUACGUGCACAUUUCGUUAGGAACUGUUUUUAACACGGUAUGUAUUAUUUAUGUGCAGCUCACGGCUAAUGAACCCAGACACGCCCCCGUGAUGUGUUACGCCCUGAACAGCCGCGCUUCCCCGCUAUGGUCGUAGACGCCGCCAAGCUGGAGAACAGCGGCGAUAACGACCAACAGUUUGGGCGCUGCUCAGACUGUGGAUGCGGUUUCAGCCCAGCGGACUCGGACCCUGACUCCGACGCCGCACACAGCUCAGCCCCUCCCAAACAGCAGCGCGCGCACAGGGAGGACGGCGCGUCACGGUGCGCGUCCUGCCGGGCGGCGGCGGCGGCGGCGGCGGCGUCGGGCCUCGCCGAGGGACGACGGCCGCACCGGCGCAUCCGCCUGGACCCUCACACCUGCAGCCUGUGCGCCAAGACGUUCAUCUCCUCCGCCCACCUGACCCUGCACCUCGCCUCCCACAACAAGGAGAGGAAGUACAGGUGCAGCACCUGUGGCAAGUACUUCCACCAGUCCUCCCACCUCAUGGCGCACAAGAUCAUCCACAGCGGCGACCGGCCGUUCAAGUGCCCGGAGUGCGGCAAGACCUUCGGCCGCGCCUCGCACCUGAAGACGCACCGUCGGCUCCACACGGGCGAGAAGCCCUUCAAGUGCACCUACUGCGACAAGUCGUUCACGCAGAAGGCGGGGCUGCUGGCGCACGUGCGCCUGCACACGGGCGAGCGCCCGUACAAGUGUGAGCGCUGCGGCGACGGCUUCCGCUCUCUGCCGCUGCUGCUCUCACACAAGGCUCAAGAGAACCCGGGCCAGGCCAGGGCGGCGCCCGAGUCCCACCACCAGCCCCAGAGCUCCCAGUGCAGCCAGGAUGACCUCAAGUGCGGCGUCUGCUGCCGCACCUUCGUGCGCUCGUCCUACAUCCGGCUGCACAUCCGGCUGAAGAAGGGCCAGCUGCCCUACCACUGCAAAGUGUGCAACAAGACCUUUGUCAAGCUGGACACCUUCGUGAACCACUGUGAUAAACACCUGAGGCAGAAGAAGGAGAAGAGCAAGGAAGUCGAGGUCAGAGUGGUGAAGCCCCCUCUGUUUGUGCCGCUCUCCAGACCUCCUGCCCUCGAGUCCUUCCCCAGCCAGCCUUCAUCCUCAGAGGUCAACACGCGCUCCAGGUCCAAGGCCAAGGUCAAAACGGAGCAGUGACUGAGGCCACGAGGCGUGUUGACGUCCCUUAGUUACAGAUGAAAGUGAAACUUAAGCACCGUUUUAAUCAAAAAGUUUACAGACUAAUUUGAUUUAGUUGAAACAUUUAUUUUAUGACUUUUCUUUAUAAGUAAUGACAUUAUUGGUGUUAAUGAAUAUUUAUGUUUGCCAGCAACAUUUCUCUUAAUCCUGAACUAGUGUACUGUUAUUUUUAGGUCCGUGACAUGUACAGCAUUUAUACAUAGUGUAAUUAAACAAAGUAAUUAUUGUAGAACCGUAUGCAUGAAUGAGAAUAAAAUGCAAACAUUGUCACAG